AUGUACAGUAGAACCUUUGAAUGGGCUUCUGAGGAAUUGAGAUCCGAUAAGAAAUUAAUCAUGGAAGCAUUGGUAAAGAUGAGUUCCUUUCCGGCGUUGGAAUUCAUCUCUGAUUCAUUGAAGAAGGAUCAGGAAUUUAUUAGUAAGAUGAUUGAACAAAAUCCAAUCUUGAUGGAUGGAGCCAGUGAAUAUAACAUUAAUUUUAUUAAGGAGGCAAUUAGAAAGGGGUUGAAGAAAUUUCCUCCAAAGAAAGUAGCAGUUGUGGAUAGGAAAGAAAUGUUGGAAAAGUUCAAAAAGAAGGAGAUUGAAUUUUGGGAUUUACCUGAAAAGUUUAAAAAGGAUGAUGAAUUUUGCUUGAUUGCAAUUCAGAGGAGUUUGAAUAUAAUGCAGGAAAUUGGGCCAAAUCUGAGUAGAGAAAUGAUUAUUAAGGCAGUGAGGGAAGCAUCGUUCCUUGCAUUCUAUCAUGCUGAUGAAAAUUUAAAGAAGGAUAAGUUGCUUAUUGGAAGAUUGAUUAAAAUAGAUCCUCAUGUAUUAUUAUUUGCUGAUAAGGAGGUAAGAAAAGAUAGAACAAUUAUAUCAGAUGCUGUUAAAUUGGAUGUUGAAACAUUGAAUUAUGCCACAAAUGAUAUUUUGAAAGAUGUCCAAUUUGUACAGAAAAUCAAGUCAACUGGAGGUUCAAAAGACUCUAAAAAUCACAAAGAAGUCAUUUUGUUAGCACUCUCUUAUGCUCCAGAAAUUGCUGCCAUCAUACCCCUUUCUUUGAAGAAGAAUAAGGAAUUCAUGCUUCAAGCAAUCAAUGCUGGAGGUUCAGAGGUGCUACAUCAUCUUCACGAAUCAUUGAAGGAUGAUAAGGAAUUCAUACUAAAAGCAAUCAAAUCAAUUGAAUAUUGUUCAAUGUUGGCAGAAUGCCUCCCAGAAAGUUUACUCUCAGAUAAGGAAAUUGUUUUGGCAGUUGUAGAGAAGGAUCCAGGAAGUUUCAAUCACUUUAAAAACUUGUCAGACAUUCCAUUCACUAGAGAGAUGAUUCUAAAAGUUGUGAAAGAAAGUGCAAGUGCAUACAAGGGAAUUCCAGAAGAAUUCAAAAAAGAUAAGGAAAUUGCUUUAGAAACAAUGAAGGGAGGCCUAGCCUACCUUAUCAGUAAAGUACCUGAUGAAUUAAAGAAAGAUAGAGAAUUUAUUUUGAAAUGUUCACAAGAGAAUCCUGAAGUGGUUAGAUAUUGCAUUGAUGAUUUCAGAUUCGAUUCAGAAUUUUGUUUGCAAGCUAUACGAUUGAAUGGAUGUGUUCUUGGUAAGGUCCUGAUAGACAAGACAAGAGAAAUGGAAAUUGAGGCUGUAAAACAGAAUGGGUUCUUUCUUCCAUCUAGUGAAAUUCUGGGCGAAUUGCUAAAGAUUAGAAUGGAACAUUUCAACAGUAUUUAA